AUGAAGACAGAGUCUUUUGAUGUCCUGGAGUUAUUCCAGAAACAUGGAUGGGAGAUCAAUGAGCCGAUAAAGGAGAACCAUUACUCUCCGACUUCUCGCCGCCCACGGGGAAACUUCUGUCGCAGCAAUGCCCUGCACCGGGCUGCCCAAGGCGGCAGGAUCGAUGUUCUGGAGUGGUUACUGGAUGAAGUUGGCUUCCCUGUGAACCAACGCGAGUACGAGUAUCAUAACGACUACCAGUGGACGGAAACGGCUCUAUAUUACGCGGUUAAGGGUAAUGCGUUGGACUGCGUGCGGCUCCUGCUGCAGCUGGGUGCUGAUGUCAGUGUGAGAGAUGAAAAGGACCUUACUGUGAGAGAUGUUGGGUUGCAACAGGGCCAUGAAAAGGUGGACCAAGAUAAGCUCGGCUCCCUUGGGAUCCUUCCCACCCGGAUGCUUUACCAGGAUCUCCCCAUCCAUAAGCUUCUCCGCCCAUUCUUCAAAAUCAUCCCUGAUAUCGCCAUCAGACGUCCCUUGAAGGUUCAACUUAUCCGUAUAUUUCACGAUGUGAGGUUCCAGCCCCAGCUCGCUGUUUAUCAUAUCUUCCAAUUGAGAUACAAGCUUCAGGUCGAUGUAUUCCUCUAUCCACAAGUUAACGCUCGCAAUAAUUUUGGGGAUGUGCUCUUUGGCUUGGUCUACAUCUGUCUCGCUUGGGUUGUAGUGCUCGAGGAUGACGCCAUGGUUGGACAGAACCACUAUGCCGAAGCAGGUUUGGAAGCCCUUGCUGCCGAGUACUGUUGGCUUGUCGUCGAACACCUUGAACCGUUCCGUGUUGACGUUGACUACCUUUACCGAAACAUUGACCCCAGCUCCUACAUUUACUGGCUAUGUCUGGACGAACUCGAGGCCGUGCCUCAACUGGCUCCCUCAGACCUUCCAGGCAUCAAUCCACUCGAAGACUGGCCGCAUAUUGAGUACCUUGUACUCGAUCAGGUCUUUGCCGAAGGGGCCGACAGUAGCAAUGGGCUUGCAGAUAAGAGGCCAUACGUGGCCGCAUCUCUCGGGCCCGUUGCCACGUUCUCGCGCGGCAACGUGAGCAUCGUAUCAUCGGAUGCGACUGUCAAUCCUGUGAUUAGCCUGAACUGUCUGGAAGACGCCCGAGACCAGGAGAUUCUCCUGACCGCAUUUCGCCGCAAUAGAGAGUUAUUUAAGACGCAAGCCCUGAAACCGGUGGCCGUCUUCAACGCUUUCCCUGGCGCCAACGAUACUUUGACGGCAGAUCAGUUGCACAUUAUACGGGAGAGGAUUAACUCCGUGUAUAGAACCACAGGGACGAACAGUAGGAUCAAUGAACCAGACGAAGUGUUCAAAGUCAGCUAG